AUGGAGUCGCCUCAUAGGCGAUUCGGGCUGGCCUCUUUGCUUCUCCACCAUGCACCUGGGGGAAACUGGGCCAGCGCGCCGCUGUGGCACCUUCAGACAGGCCUCCGAGGCGGCGGUUCGAGGGUGACUAGUUUGAGUGUUACAGCAUGGCCGUCUCCGGGAGUCGACGAGGGGCUAUCACAACUAAGUUGCCCCGGGAACGCUCUCACAAAGCAGCCACGUCGGAAGAAUGACGUGAACUUUGUCAACGAAUUCCCUGUCAGGCUGUUUGUGGCCCAGGUUACCAUGACACACGGCGGCUACAUACCUGACCGUGCAAUAACGGCAUGCAACAUUGGUCUGGCCGGCGCCGUUCGGUGA